AUGGCGGCGCCGUGGCCGCCGCUGUGGCGGGCGCUGCUGAGGCCCCGCGGGCCGCGGCCGGAGCCGGGCGGGCGGCGCGGGGUGCGGGCGCUGCGGCGGAGCCCCGUGCGGGUGCUGCAGCCGCAGAGCCCCCGGGAGGAGCCUCCGCCGCCGCCUCCGCCGCCCGCCGUGGAGCGCAGCGCGGCCGCGCCGGGGCUGUGGUAUGAGAAGGCGGCGGCCGGGGACCGCAGGCUGGGAAAAGUGGUGACUAUCGCCAAGUCAAAGAAGUUUCGGGAUAAUCACGGGAAGGUUCUGCUGGAGGGGCACAGGCUGAUCAAGGAUGCUCUGCAGGCAGGGGCUGUGCCACAGACCCUCUUCUUCAGCACCGUGAGGCACCUGAAGCUGCUGCCUGAGGCUGAGAUAAAACGAGCCAGCUUGGUUAAGGUGAAAUUUGAAGACAUCAAGACCUGGUCUGACCUCGUAACUCCUCAGGGGCUUCUCGGCAUUUUUUCCAAGCCUGACCCUGCCAAGAUGUCCUACCCUGCAGCUCAGCUCGCCAACUCCCUGCCCCUGCUCCUCAUCUGCGACAACAUCCGAGACCCAGGAAACCUGGGCACCAUUCUGAGGUCUGCAGCAGGAGCAGGCUGUGAGAAAGUGCUGCUCACCAAAGGCUGUGUGGAUCCGUGGGAGCCAAAGGUGCUCCGUGCAGGAAUGGGGGCUCAUUUCCGUGUGCCCAUCAUCGCCAGCCUGGACUGGGACUCUGUACCCACCAACCUCCCUGCGGGCACCCAGGUCUGCGUGGCCGACAACAAUGCCCCCAGCAGCUCAUUCCUGCCCAGAGGGGCUGCCUCUGCUCCUGCCAGCCCCACAGCUCCUGUGAAAUCCAGCCCCAGGGCUGUUCCUGAGCACAAGGAUGAAGAGGGAGCAGCAAUCCCAGAGCUGGCUGUGCAGCAUUACUACGAGGACUGGGCAAAGGCACCAGUGGCCGUGGUGGUGGGAGGGGAGACCCAGGGCCUGAGCCCAGCUGCACUGGGGCUGGCAGCCAGCACGGGGGGCAGGAGGCUGCUCAUCCCCGUGGUGCCAGGCGUGGACAGCCUCAACUCUGCUAUUGCUGCUGGCAUCCUGCUCUUCGAGGGCAGGAGGCAGCUGCUGUGCAGGCACAAGCAGGAGGAUGGCAGGCACAAGCUGCCUGUGCCAGGCUGAACUGUGGUUUGGGUGCUGAAAGAGCACCUCUUGCAUUUGGUUCCUUGAGGGUUAAUAAAAGAGCAGCUCGGGCUGUUUGGUUUGUAGUAAAUGAG